AGCAGAGUCACUUAAAAGCAUUUACGAUGUUGCGAUAAACGGAAAUCAAAUAAAGAAUGACGGUCGUUUUAUCUUCAGAAUGUGAAUAUAAUCUUUGAAUUUCAAGGAACUGAAGAUUAAAAGCAUUUUGAAACAAACGAGUAAAAAAAAAUUUUGGAUACAAAGAAAUUUUAUUCGAUCUACAAGACCGCUCUGUCUUCUCUCUUUUCUCACUCGAGUAUUUCGAUCAGUUUCUGGGUCACUCUGUGCACGCGUUAAAAUAAGAAUCUGCUAUUAGGUACGCUGGUCCGGCGAGUUUUCAAACGACGAGCUGCCCCGGGAAAAAUGACAAUGCAGUCGGCAGUGCAACGUGCGUAAUCCAAGUGUGCGUCCGCAUUCUUGUUUCUGAUCGCGAAAAUCGAUUUCCAAUAAAAUCGCGCUAUCGAUAAGAAAUACGAGUGGACGAUGUGAUGGUUUACCUUGUCGGAGCAGCGUAAUCGCGUCGCAGAACGUUGGACUACUCGUGUUGAAGCUGUCGUUCUGUUUUAUAAUGUCAAACGGCUUAUUUCAUCAAAGCUGCAACUAUUCACAACGCUUAAAGUCUGGCAGCACCUAUUACGUGUACAAUCCCGACUACCCUAACGCUUCCUACGGCCGACAGCACUGCAAGUGGAUCGCGGAAAGUGAUUAUCGCAUUAGAUUAACAUGCAACAGUUUCAACGUACCGUGGAAUUUUAGAUGUGCCUUAGAUAGACUAACUGUAUAUGUGAACGAUUCCGUAUCUCGAUCUUAUUGCGGCAAUGAGACAUUUAGUGUAGAAUCGACAGGAAAAUUCAUGACCAUUGAACUAUCAACCUCAUUUUGGUCGUCGGGAAUUAAAUUUCUGUGCGAGCUGCAGGCGAUCGACGAACUAGAGAUCGACAACUGCAGAUGCGGAUGGAAAAAACCGACGAAAAUAGUGGGAGGUAUGGAAACUGGCGUGAACGAAUACCCCAUGAUGGCUGGUCUCGUCGAUCCUUUAAAGGUCGAUGUAUAUUGCGGAGCCACUAUCAUAUCUGAAAGACACGUGUUAACUGCCGCACAUUGUUUGACCGAUAGAAGCACAAGUAAUGUGGGUGUACUUGUGGGAGAUCACGAUCUCGGCACGGGUGCUGAUACAAAUGCCUCAAGCCUUCACACUGUAUCCAGAUUUUACGCGCAUCCUUUUUACAACCGCGAAUCCUUAGAAAACGACAUAGCUAUAGUAAUGGUGAAUUCUGUUAUAAGAUUCAGCGACGAAGUCGGACCGGUUUGUCUUCCGUUUCAACAUCAGUCCGACUCCUUCGCAGGAAGUUACGUGGAUUUACUGGGUUGGGGAACGACACAAUUCGGAGGAAUGAAGUCAAGAACUUUGCAGAAAAUUACGGUAACCGUGAUCACGAACCGGGAGUGUCGUCGACAGUAUUCGAAUGUUUCGUACAGUCAAUUAUGCACUUACGGGGAGGGAAAAGACGCGUGUCAGUUCGACAGCGGCGGUCCCACUCUUUGGCAGAAUCCUACGACGAAGCGAGAGGUUCUCGUGGGUGUUAUCAGUUCCGGGUUCGGCUGCGGCAAUGACAAACCGGGAAUUAACACGCGUGUCGGCACAUACUUGGAUUGGAUCUUAGCUGUAACGCCGGGUACCAAUUACUGCAAGUCCGAAUAAGAAGAGCGUAAACAGAAAUGUAUAUAAAUAUUUGUUUACAUCUGUUGUGUCAUUGCAUAGAUAUUAUUCCGAGUUACACUGCAGCGUGCUAUUCAUAUACGAUAUACUUUUACAUUCUCAGUUUUGUGUAAUCGCGAAAGUCACGUUAAUUAAUAUAAUGCUUUUGGCACGUGUAACAUUUGAUGUACACAAUAUUAAUUUAUGAGCUAAAAUAUAUGUAUACCUGCUUUAUCUUCAA